UGAAUAAGCACGAGCUUCCCAGAACGAAACAAGUUCGCAUUAAAGUUCCAGUUGCGUGUCCACACUCGACACUUUACAGCCCUUGGAAGAGACCACCCACUUCCUAGCUGAUCGCAUCUCAUCUAUUAUGCGCGUUUAAUGCAGGAAUAAGAAUCCGCUGAAUUUAUGGAAAACAUGACUGGGAAAACAACGCUAUUACACAGGCUGAAAAGGCUGUCUAAAAGUAUUCAUGACUGACUCAGCUGUGAAGGAGAUUUGAGGAGAAAUGUCUAGACGCAGUUGGAUCCAGGCCACUUUUUCCAAGAGAGAAUGUGUGAAAUUUCUGCCAGCCUCACGUGAUCAUCACAGGUGUUAUCCAGUGUGUCAAGUGUGCCAAAGCUUAGUAAGAUGUUGCUGUGGGAGGCUGAUCGCGGAGCAUGUGAGUCUGUACUCUGGCUUGCUGGGACAUGGCCCUGGUCCUGAUGAGGAGGAGUGGUCAGUGCUGCAACACACCAGCGUCAGCCCCACUGAUGCUUUCGGAUCACUGGACUUCCAGGGCAGCACAAAGCGCACGUGUCGUGCCAAGUAUGUGCGUCUUUCCUGUGACACUCCACCAGAGCUCCUGGUCCAACUGAUGCUGAGAGAAUGGCACAUGGAGAUGCCCAAGUUGGUGAUCUCUGUGCAUGGAGGGACAGACAACUUCCCUCUGUCUCCACGGGUGUGCCAGGCUUUCAGCACAGGGCUCAUCACAGCUGCAGAGAGCACUGGAGCAUGGAUACUGACUGACGGGAUCAAUACGGGUGUGUCUAAGUAUGUUGGUGAUGCUGUAAAAGUGUAUGGGUCACAUGACCACAGGAAGAGGAAUGUUGUCGGGAUCCCACCCUGGGGCAUUAUUGAGAAUAACAGUGACCUUAUUGGCCGGGAUGUUUUGAGGCACUACCAGGCUCUAGGUAAUCCUCUGAGUAAACGUGCCAGCCUGAACGGCAUGCAUUCACACUUCCUGUUAGUUGAUGAUGGGACCAUGGGUAAAUCAGGUUGUCAAAUAGACUUGAGGAAAAGGCUAGAAAGGCAUAUACACUUUCUGAAAAUCCACCCUAGGCUGCCUGAGCAUGUGCCUUUAGUGUGUGUUGUAGUAGAAGGGGGUCCUGCCAUCCUCUCAGUGGUGCUGGAGUAUGUGCGCAGAAGUUCUCCUGUGCCUGUGCUGGUGUUUGAGGGAACAGGCAGAGCUGCAGACCUGCUGGCUUUAAUACACAAACAAACAGCUGUAGAAAGAAUGUUGGACUCAGAUAUUAAGGAGGAUGUCCUGCUGAGGAUUCAGGAAAUGUUUGUUGUGGACAGACAAGAGGCCUCUGAACUUCUCAGCAUACUCAUGGAAUGCAUGGAAUAUAGAGAGCUUAUCACCAUUUUUGACUCUGAAUCUGAGGACCUUCAAGAGGCAGAUGUUGCGAUCCUGACUACAUCACUGAGAGGUACCAGAGCUUCCCCUGAGGAGCAGCUAAAUAUCACGUUGGCCUGGGACAGAGCUGAUGUGGCAAAGGACAACAUUCUAGUGUACGGACAACAAUGGCAGGUGGGAUCCCUGGAGCAGACCAUGUUGGAUGCAUUGGUAAUGGAUCGUGUCAGUUUUGUGAAGCUGCUGAUUGAGAACGGCAUGACCAUGAGAUGCUUCUUGACCAUUUCUCGUCUGGAACAGCUCUACAAUAUACAUAAAGGCUCCUCUGAUCAUUUUCUUCGACACAUCAUUGAGGAUGCCAAACAGGCUCGUCUGCCUGCUGUUUAUAGGAUAUCUUUAAUUGACAUUGGAAUGGUGAUUGAAUACUUAAUUGGCGGAGCUUAUCGAAGCACAUAUACACGCAAGAGCUUCAGAGCCAUGUACAGUCGCAUUCAUAACCCAGCUAAGGAGGGUGGUAAGGAGACAUCCAGCCCUUUCAGCAAAGCCAGGAAAGCAGCUCCAACUCCAGAGACCUCCCCAUCUCGCUCUCAUUUCCACAGAACUGCUCGGCCAUGCAGACACCAGGAGGGUGCGGUUGCGCCUCAGGACGUGAUGUCAACCUCGAGCCCCGAGUUUUUAUGCACUUUUAACGACCUGUUUGUGUGGGCAGUGCUCAAGCAUCGGCAAGAGAUGGCGAUGUUUCUGUGGCAGCAUGGAGAGCAGGCUAUGGCCAGGGCGGUUGUGGCCUGCAAGCUUUACCGUGCUAUGGCGGUGGAAGCCGGAGACAGCAAUAUGGGUGACAGCAUGGCAGAGGAGCUGAAGAAGAACUCUCUGUCAGUUUGUGUUUUUCCUCACUCUAAAGCUUGUAAUGCAAACAACAUGUGCGGUGAUGAGGAGAGAGGGAGCAGGUGUCUUUGUCCCUGGACCAGAAAGGUGUAUGACUUCUAUACGGCUCCAGUGGUCAAAUUCUGGUUUCACACAAUGGCGUUUCUGGGUUUCCUCAUGAUGUUCUCUUAUACUGUGCUGGUGAGGCUGGAUGAGAAACCCAACAUUCAGGAGUGCUUGGUCAUAACUUACAUCCUGACCAUGGCAGCGGAGAAAGCUCGAGAGGUGUUGGUUUUAGAGCCCAGGAAGUUCACUAAGAAGUUGAAGGUGUGGUUCAGUGAGUACUGGAAUAUCAAUGACUUCAUGGGCAUCCUCCUGUUCCUGGUCGGGGUCUCCCUCCGGUGGCAUCAAGAAACACGCUUAGCCAGUCACAUUGUCUACUCUUUGGAUUUCAUCUUCUGGUCUGUCAGGCUUCUGGACCUUUUUGCUGUCAAUCAGCAUGCAGGACCCUACCUGACCAUGAUCACCAAAAUGAUGAGCAACAUGUUCUAUAUCGUAGUCAUUAUGGCGAUUGUGCUGGUCAGUUUUGGCACGUCCAGGAAGUCCAUUCUGUCACCUAAUGAGGAUCCGUCCUGGAAUCUGCUCAGAGAUGUAGUCUUUCAGCCCUAUUGGAUGAUCUUUGGGGAGGUGUAUGCUGGAGAGAUUGAUGCAUGUAGUAAUCCUGAAACCUGUGUCCCUGGAGCUUUCCUCACCCCCUUCCUGCAGGCCGUCUACCUUUUUGUUCAGUACAUUAUCAUGGUUAAUGUACUUAUUGCAUUCUUCAACAAUGUUUACUUUGACAUGAGCUCCAUAUCCCGUAAGCUGUGGAAAUACAACCGCUAUCGUUACAUCAUGACAUAUCAGGAGAAGCCGUGGCUGCCGCCCCCUCUCAUCUUUUUCAGUCAUGUAACAUUGUGUCUCAGCUCAAUGUGGCAAAAGCACAGAAAGGCAUCCAAACGGGGAAGAGCUGGUCUGAAAUUACUCCUGGCCCCUGAUGAUCUGAAGAAGUUGCAUGAGUUUGAAGAAAAGUGUGUCACUGGAUAUUUCAGAGACAAAAAGGAGAGUCAACAAGGCAGUCAAAUCAACCAGAUUCGCUCUGCAGCUGACAAGGCUGAAGAGAUGGCUGGAAUAUUAGUUGAGGUUGCUGAGAAGAUCAGUAUCAUCCAGGACAAUAUGCGCACUUUAGACGGUCACUUGGGUCAGUUGCAGGACUUGUCUGCUUUAGCAGUGGACACUCUAAACUUCCUCUCAGCCACAGACAACCAGCAGCAAGAGGUGGCCCGUUUUGGUCAGAGCCAGCCAAUUUCAUGCCGCCAUGAGCAAGUGUCCCAUAGCUGCUGUCUCCGCAUUGGCGGAAGUGUCGCCCCCAGCCAAGCACUUCCAUCUCCCAAGCACUACCGCAGUAUGCCACCUUCCUUACUCAGAGGCUUGGGGCCUGGCCGGCAGCGUCCUUCCCUGGAGCUGCCACCAGGGACGAGUGUUGGACCCUUUGAGUUCAGGAGCAAAUGCAUGUCUGCAAGCCCAGAGGAAGAAGAUUGUAGUUUUAGGUGGCCCCUACAGCGUGGCGAUUCAAGAGAAGGUGUAUGCGAUCUCUCUUUACCUCACCUAUGCGCUGGAUGGAGGGACAAGGGAAUGUAUGGAUCUGGGGAACCAUCACGUGCCAGUUCUCCCACCAUGCCUCUGAGAGACUUACAGCUUCAACCCAGCCAUGAGGAGUCUAUGGAGGAAGAGGAUGAUGAGGACAACUUACAUGCAAUGUCCAGAUCCUCCAGCCAUACAUUCCUGCUUACAGAUUCCCACAGUGAUGGGGAUCGAUCAGUGGGGAUCAGAAACCCGGCAUUCUACAGGCUUGAUGAUACUGGACACGUCACAAGACCUCAAGGACUUUUAGGCAGGAAAUGGGCCUUUGAUCUGGAGCAGAGCCGCUCGCUCUCGGCCAGCAUGGAGACUGUGGCCAUGCCUGAUGCCUCGACAUCAGAGCACGGCAGACGGACACUUCUGGCGCCUCCCCAACACAGCCAUGACCAGAGAGGGUUAUCUAAGAUCUUUAAGAGACAAAGGUCAUUUGGGAAAAAGUCCAUAAAGACCAGAGCAGGAACCCCAGAGAAUGUAAAACUAGAUGAAACACGGGGAUGCAUGCAUGAGGUUGACCCACGCAGAAAAAUGAGGAGGAAAGUAAAAGGCCUGUUUGACCGGAGAUUCAGAACCUCAGUCAGUCUAACCCAGCUGAAUGUUGACCAAGUGGAUUUCACAAAAUUGGCCCCAUCAUGGCUGAACACUGUGACCCCCGGGCAGCCACUUCUAAGCAGCUGGGCCAGGUCUAUCAGUCAAAGACCCUCGGUAAGCAGCAUGACACAAGAAGUAAAGAGCUCUACAUUUAAGUUGACUGAAGAUUUAGGCCAGCAUUACUCAGCAAUGGAGAGGAACAACCUUAUGAGACUAGCUCACUCUAUACCAUUCACCCCUGUGUCAUUAUUGGGUGGUGUUGAGGUCUGUAUUUAUACACUCGAGGAGACAGAAGCAGGGUCUUCACUUGAAGAUCAGUCCUCUAAAAUUUCCACCUGGAUUCAGCACGGACGUACAGCUGUUCUUCAGCCUUUAGCCCACCAGGAGGUGCUGGAUGGGGGUCUGCGCAGGGCCACCAAGGUGGUGUGUACCUGGGCUGAGGGUGAUGUGUUGAAGCUGGGAUCAGUAUACGUGGUGAAAGCCUUCAGGCCAGAGGUGGUUCGCAUCUGGCAGAAAGUGUUCCCAAUCAGCACUUCACUUCAUCUCUGUCUGCGGGAAAUACAACAACAGAGAGCAGCACAGAAACUCAUGCAGCGAUUCAACCAAAUUAAACCCAGCAGUGUGCCCUACAGUCCUAGGUUUCUGGAUGUCUCCUUGCUGCACUGGCGCUCUGACGGCCAGUGGUUGACUGUUGAGAAGAACAUGAGCGGUCAUUUCAGGAAAUACAACAAUAAUACAGGAGAGGAGAUCUCGCCCUCCUCUGGUCUGGAAGAAGCAAUGCUAGCAUUCUCUCACUGGACAUACGAGUACACCAACAGGGAACUGCUAGUGCUGGAUCUACAAGGUGUGGGAGCGGACCUCACAGACCCCUCACUGAUCAGAGUUGAUGAUAAAAGCUCCUCUGGAGAGAUGGCGUUUGGACCUGCCAAUUUGGGUGAUGAUGCAAUCCAGAGCUUUGUUAUCAAGCACACCUGCAACUCCUGCUGCAAGAAGCUCGGUCUCUCAGAUUUGAGGAGUUGCGGCAGCCAAAGGAAGUCAGUUCCUGCCUUUGAUGAGACGAGCAGCACAGUUUAACCUCUAACCUGGAAGUAGACUCAGUUUCCAGGGAGCUCGACUUGUUCACAUCCUGUUUCGAUAUAUAUAAAAUAGUAAAGAGCUGCUCAAGGUGACAGAACAUUUACUUUUGCGUUGGUCAUAGCUGAUGCUUUUUUCCAUGAUAAACAAUAUAAGUCGAUAAGGGAAGUCAGUUUUCCAUUUAAAAUUUUUUAUUAUUUUAUUACUUCAUGUGUGUACCUAUACUAAUAGUGUAAACAUUGUUCAACAUAUAUUUUUAUGUUUAAAAAAGAAUAAAUAAAAAUAUAAUAGUAUGUGAGGCCUUGAAACACCCCAUGAGUGCAAAAUCUAAUUUAGUAUUUUUGUCUUCAAGUCUUGUCUGUUUUCAAGUAAAAAAACAAACAAAACUAAACAUAAAUUUCUUUCAAUUGUUUUUGUAAGAUGAUAAGAGAAUGUAUCUUGAAGUAUGUUCUUCUUACUUCACUGGCAAACGUCUCAUGCCAAAGUAUCUUACUGCGUAAGAUAAGACUUGUUCUCAGAAAAUAUAUUACAUUUUUUAUUCA